AUUUAUUUAAGCGUUUGCAAAUUUUCAGGUUGCUAGGUAUAUAUAGUUUCAUAAGUAUAAAAGUUUGAUCAGUUUAGGGCAAGCAGUCUAAACUGUGACGAUUUGUUGUUGGAAUUGAUCGCGGAUUGGUGGUAAUACAUCAGCCGGCAAGUAUAACUAAAAUGGCGGUUUCGUACCGAUGUCUUUUACUGGCGUUGCUAUGCUGCCAAGUGAACCUAAUGGAAUGUUUUAUGCUAGCAAGUAGGUCACUUCCAGCGGUUAAAUUGAGCAUGUUAAAACCACAAGGGAUCAGAUUUUCAUUUCCAGAUGUAAAUGGCGUUUCCCUGGUGUCAUACCACUAUAGCAUCAAUUCACCACUGCCGGACUUAUCUGCUGGGCAGGUAGGAGUUGACGUCAACACAAAAACUGGUAACGAAUGGGUACAUGAAAAUUCGAAUGUGGUUGUGAACCCUGGGGAUACAGUUAACUAUUGGUACAACGUCAUACAAAAUGGUGAAGGUCACGUGGUCAAAGGCCAGUCAUGGACGGCGUCAAAUCCAACAAACCCGACUACAACAACCACAACGACAAGAAGACCAACAACGCAUGCCCAAACACAGACGCCUGCUAAAACUACAAAAUCUAUCUUUAGCAACAUGCAGGCGUAUUACAACAGUUUGAAUGGUUCUGGAACUACAAACACAGGUUCAGGAACAGUAACUUCCGGUACCCAGUCAGGGACUUCCGGUACACAAAAUACCCAGAAUACCCAGAAUGUUGUAUCCGGAACCUCGAGUCAAUCUACUUCAGGUGGAUCAUGCGGUUGCCAAGGCAAAUCAAUACGCCCACCAGGAUCAGAAUUAUCCUGCACGACUUUUCCAUGUAUGAUAUUCGAAGAUAAUUUUGAUUUCCUAAACUUGGAUGUUUGGGAGCACGAAAUUACAGCGGGAGGAGGCGGAAACUGGGAAUUUCAGUAUUAUACAAACAAUCGUACCAACAGCUAUGUAAAGGAUGGGAAAUUGUUCAUUAAACCGACAUUCACCAUCGAGUCAAUAAAUGACGGUCCAGACAGUUUGACGAAAGGAUCUUUAGAUAUAUGGGGUUCUCAGCCCGGUGAUGUAUGCACUGCAAACAAUUUCUGGGGAUGCAAACGAGACGGUACGCCAGAUCACAUCAUCAACCCCAUCCAAUCAGCACGACUCCGUAGCUCACGUGGGUUUAAUUUUAAAUAUGGCAAAGUCGAAGUUCGCGCCAAAAUGCCUACAGGAGAUUGGAUCUGGCCGGCUAUUUGGAUGUUACCGUUGAGAAAUGCAUAUGGAAGAUGGCCAGCUUCUGGAGAGAUCGACAUUGUUGAGGCCAGAGGAAACCGUGUUUACCAUGAUGACAAAGGUCAUUCGCAGGGAAUUGAUAACGCUGGAAGUACACUUCAUUUUGGAUCCGAUUUCUGGCACAACAAAUGGCCAAAAGCCCAUGGAGAGAAACUGGCAUCGUCAGGAAACUACGGAGAUUCCUUCCACAAGUACGUUCUUAUCUGGGACGAGGAUCAUAUCAGUAUUUCAAUCGACGAUACAGAAGUGUUGAAUGUGACACCACAGACAAACAUGUGGCAAUUCGGAGAGCUCGAUAAAGAUGGUGUAGAAAAUCCAUGGGCUGCUGGAACCAAAAUGGCUCCUUUUGAUCAAGAGUUUUUCCUUAUCAUGAAUGUGGCUAUAGGAGGAACGGGUUUCUUCCCCGAUAAAUUUGUCAGUCCUACGGGAAAACCAUGGCAAGAUAAAUCUGAAUUCACAGCACGUGAUUUCUGGAACGCACGUGGUCAAUGGUACCCAACAUGGAACGCGGACAAAAAUAACGGAGAAGAUGCCGCUAUGCAAGUUGAUUACAUCCGAGUUUGGAAGCUUAAACCAUAAAAUGAACAUUAGAAUAUUCUUUAUAAAUAGAUCUUCAUACAAAAUGUUACAAUUUUAAAUAAAAGGUACAUACCGAU